AUGUGGGAUGGCCAUAUCAAGGUGGGAAGGGCGAAUGGAGUGGAGGAAGGAGAAGGAUGCUGGGCGGGAAGGUUCACAACAGGCUGGACACCGAUGUUCGACGACGACGAUGACGACGGCACUCAGAGCAUGGAUGGUUCAAAUGACUCUUAUUGCAGUGAUUUCAACAUGAGCUUUCCCUAUGCUCUGCCACCGUCACCACCAUCACCACUGCAUGAGCUGACCCAACACCCUGCACCCCAAGCCACACCUCCAGCCAAUUACGGUGCCUCCCGCCGACAUAUGAACCACCCCCUUUUACAACAGGGAAGGCAAUGGUGCCACUUUGUUAUCCUGCCCUUAUUCCUGACCAGUGGUAGCAGUGGUGGAGAUAAAUUAGUAUUGACGGAUUCGUAUGGUGUAGUGGUUAGCAUGGCUGUGGUCCUGGGUUUGACUCUCGGUCGGCCGGCUAUUUUCUGA